AUGCCUCAUCAGUCGUCGGAAAGAAAAGGAUCCUUGGUAAUGACCAUGGAGCCUGCAAAGGUCGCUGGCAACGGCAAAUUAGGCACCGUAUCUGGUGUCUACAUUCCCGUCUAUCUCAACAUCUUGAGCAUCCUCAUGUUCCUUCGAUUUGGCCACAUCUUGGGACAGAUUGGUUUCAUUGGCAUUCUAGUUCCAACCAGUCUCGUCACGUCAGGUCUUCUUCUCUCCGCCUAUUGUAUCGAUCUUCUCACUGUCCUAUCGCUCUCCGCUAUCGCAUCUAAUGGCGAAGUCAAGGGCGGAGGUGCUUAUUACCUGAUUUCCAGGUCUCUUGGCCCGGAAUUCGGCGGCUCUAUCGGCAUCCUGUUCUAUCUGGCCCAGGCUCUGAAUACUGCCAUGAACGUUGUUGGUCUCAUUGACUGCAUCAGACUCAACAUGGGGUCUAGCUUCCCUCAGGGCUAUUGGACUGGCUAUGGGCUUCAGACAGCUGCUUUGAUGUUAUGCACGGCUCUUUGCCUACUUGGCUCUUCAACCUUUGCAAAGGCCUCGAACGCGCUGCUCAUUGUUCUUACCUUUGCCAUCAUCAGCAUUCCAGUAUCUGCCAUUUUCAAGGCGCCAUUUGAAGACGCAGCGGCUGGGAUCAAGUUUACAGGCAUCAGCGUCGAUACACUUAUUGGAAACUUUGUGCCUCGGGUCUCUGAGAGAAGUUAUGAAGGCGUCAAGACCUUCAGGGAUCUCUUUGGUGUUCUCUUUCCAGCCACUUCCGGGAUAUUUGCUGGGGCUUCCAUGUCUGGUGAUUUGCGAAAUCCAAGCAAGGCCAUUCCAAAUGGAACACUAUGGGCCACCCUUACAACAUUUAUUGUCUAUUUUACCGUCAUCCUGUCGAUGGCCGCAGCCAUCACUCACGAAUCUUUUCUAGCCAACGAUAAUAUCAUUUCUCUGACAAGCUUAUACGCCCCUAUAAUCUUGGCCGGCGAGUGUGCUGUUACCUUCUUUUCGGCUCUCAUGGGUGUGAUCGGUUCAGCCAAGUUAUUCCAGGCGCUUGCCCGGGAUCAGCUUCUCCCAGGGCUGUCACUCUUCGGGGAGGGAUCUCGACAUGGCGAUGAGCCCAUCUUUGCCAUAUUUUUAACCUACUGUAUUGCUCAAGUUGCUCUUUUCGCAGACUUGAAUCAAAUUGCUACACUCAUCUCCAUGGGUUAUCAGAUGACAUUCUUUGUCAUGAACUUGGCUUGUUUCCUCUUAAAAAUCGGAUCUGCUCCCAAUUUCAGGCCCAGUUUUCAGCUUUUCAGUGCGCAAACUGCAUUCGUCGGGAGUUUCCUAUCUGCAGCCGCCAUGUUCUUCAUCGAUGAGGCGUAUGCUUCAACCGCAAUCUGCGCUCUCAUUCUAGUGUUUUUGCUAAUUCAUUACCUCUGCCCACCUAAGCACUGGGGUGAUGUCUCGCAAAAUCUCAUCUAUCACCAGGUUAGAAAGUAUCUAUUAAGGCUAAAGCCCGAGCACAUCAAGUUCUGGAGACCGCAAAUCAUUCUCCUCGUCAACAACCCGCGGCGGCAGACUAGGCUGAUUCAGUUUUGCAAUUCACUGAAGAAAGGUUCGCUUUAUAUCUUGGGCCACGUUAUCGUGACGGACGACUUCAAUAGCGGAGUCCAUGAGGCGAAGCUACAACAAGCAGCUUGGACACGCUAUAUAUCCGAAUUUUCCAAGAUUAAAGCAUUCGUACAGCUGACUAUGUCGCCAUCCAUAAACUGGGGCAUUCGAAAUCUCAUUCUGUCGUCCGGUCUAGGUGGUAUGCGCCCCAACAUUGCCAUAAUGGGGUUUUACAACAUGGACGACCUACGAAGAUCUAGUCAUCGAUUAAGGGUGCCAGAUAUCCCAAUGGCCCCUGCUUCCAAAAUGAAUCGCCCACCAAAAUAUCAGGGGAAAGCGACAUCAAGGCCUCGUGGUGAUACAUCUGCUCGCCUACUGGAAGGGUUCUUACCUACCGAUGCAAUUCGUAUUGAGGACAUGAUGUCUCCGGCAGAAUACAUGACGGCUUUGGAAGACUUGGCGCUGUUGUAUCGGCUGAAUGUAGCUGUUGCGUACGGAUUUGAUGAUCUAGACACGCCCCGAAAGGACGAGUCCAGCACAAAGAAGUAUAUCGAUCUAUGGCCUAUCCAAAUGUCCGCUGAGGUUUCAUCCCAGGGAAAAAAUAUGUUGACUUCUAAUUUCGACACCUACACUCUCAUUCUACAACUAGGUCAUAUUCUCCGCAGCGUCCACACUUGGAAACAAGCCUAUACUAUAAGAGUCAUGGUUUUUGUCGAAUACGAAAACGAAGUCGAAGAAGAGAUGGCACGAGUCCGCGCGCUUUUAGAGAAGCUGCGUAUCGACGCCGAAGUACGAGUCUUUUGGCUAGCUUGCGGCCAGUUGGACAUGUAUGAGCGCAUCAUCAACGGCAGGAGCAGCAAUCUCGACUGUGAGAUUAUCGUCAGUGAUGCGUUAAGAGAUGAGGAGUGGUGGAAUGAUUUGGAAGACUUCCGCGGGAAAACCGAAGCCAUGUCAUUGAGCCAAGAGUUUACACACAUGGCACAUAUUCUUACUUCAACCGCCGGAAGACCUGGAGUCUACAAUCCACAUGAAGAAAUAGAGUCACGACGGAGACGCUCCAGUGUCAUGAAUCUUUCUGGUAUACCCAAGCGGCCAAAUAUCGGCUCCCUAACGAAGAUGGGAAUCAACAUCGGGAUGCAUACUCAUCAUCUGAACGAGGAGGUCUUUGAGGAUUCUGAUUCGGAAUACGAAAGUGGCAGCGAUACAGACACCAUUAGCACGACAGGCUCUGUAAUAGAUCCAUUGUCGCCAGAGAUGUCAUCUUCGAACCGUUCUCGGGGGCCACGAACACCUCCGGGGAUACGCGGAAAUGGUGCUUUCGGUCAGGCGACUAGGCCAGGAUAUCAUGCCAACGUCAAUCGCACAUCUACUCCGUCGUAUGGUACCAUGUCAAGAUCUCAUGCCUUUUCACAAACUCAGAGUAGACACGAUUCGGUCAUCAUUCCAGCAUCCAUGAGAAUACCCGUGGUCGAUUUGGACGCCACGCCACGAGCAAAUAACCGACAGAGGAGCAGCUUCAAAAUUGAGAUUAAAAGCAUAGAGUCUUUUCCAAAUCUAGAUCAAUUGGCAAUCCGUGAUGCUCGCCACAAUACCCUCCCUUCAAGCAGCCCUACACAAUCUCCCAGCGAGCGAUAUUCGGGAGACGAUGAUACAUCAACACCCCGACCAGGUCUAUCGCGACAGUCAUCUGCAGCCCGAUUUUCUAGCCGGCCUGUUCCAGAGAUGAGAAUCACCACGGAAGAGGGAAGCUCGAGAAUUGGCUUCGCCACCACCGAUUCCUCGAGCCCGGGAACCCCUAGAACAGACCGUCCGUCGUUCUCUCGGCAGUCUUCUCUGGGCAAGUUUUCCACGCAGCCACUAGCUGAGCCGAGGAGAAACUUUGGGGGAGGUGUGCGGGCGAUUUCAUACACCGAGCAGCCGACGUAUUAUUCACGGGCAAGCACACAGUCUCGUUAUCACUCUCGACGAGAAUCCCAGCCUUCCAAUUUUGGACAGGGAGAUGUCAGCUUAGAUAUCCCCGAGCUUGUACAAUCACAUAGACUUGAUGCCGAAGCGAGCCAAGAAGAUGGUGCUCCUUACUCGGCACAAGGCGUUGCUUUGUCGUUCAACGACCUACCCAGUCGAGCGCAACACCUAAUCCUCAACGAAUUGAUGCGACAGAAUUCCAAACAAACGGCCGUUCUCAUGAGUACAUUGCCGAUUCCGAUUGAGGGGACGUAUCUGGACAAUGAUAGGACGAUUCAGUACCUUUCGGAUGUUGAGUUGCUGUGUCAUGAUCUUCCACCUACUCUUUUGGUGUUGAGUAAUAACAUGACAGUCACAGUGAGCUUGUGA